CCCGGCGGCGGGGCAGCCCGCGGAGCCGCGCCCCGCGGAGCCGCCUCGGAGGUAUGGUUUUCCCGGCGGAGCAGAGCUGCGGCGGCCGCCGCCUCCGCGGGUGCUGAGACGGGAUUUUUGUGGUGCGUUCCCGGGCUCCCAGCUUCAUGACUGCGCGGAGCGGGGAGCCAACACCAUGCGAGCACAAAUUGAAGUGAUACCAUGCAAAAUUUGUGGUGAUAAGUCCUCUGGAAUACACUAUGGAGUCAUCACAUGUGAAGGCUGCAAGGGAUUCUUUCGGAGGAGUCAGCAGAACAAUGCCUCCUACUCCUGCCCAAGGCAGAGAAACUGUUUAAUUGACAGAACCAACAGAAAUCGUUGCCAACACUGCCGACUGCAGAAAUGUCUUGCCCUGGGAAUGUCUCGAGAUGCUGUGAAGUUUGGAAGAAUGUCCAAAAAGCAGAGGGAUAGCUUGUAUGCUGAAGUGCAGAAGCACCAGCAGCGACUGCAGGAACAAAGGCAGCAGCAGAGCGGUGAGGCAGAAGCCCUCGCCAGGGUUUACAGCAACAGCAUCAGCAAUGGCUUGAGCAACCUGAAUAACGAAACUGGCAGCACCUACUCAAAUGGGCACAUCAUUGACCUGCCGAAGUCUGAGGGUUACUAUAACGUGGAUUCUGCCCAGCCUUCCCCAGACCAGUCUGGGUUAGACAUGACUGGAAUCAAACAGAUAAAGCAGGAACCUAUCUAUGACCUCACCUCUGUACCAAACUUGUUUACCUAUAGCUCUUUCAACAAUGGGCAAUUAGCUCCGGGGAUAUCCAUGACUGAAAUAGAUCGAAUUGCACAGAAUAUCAUUAAAUCUCAUUUGGAGACAUGUCAAUAUACAAUGGAGGAACUACACCAGCUAGCAUGGCAGACCCACACAUAUGAAGAAAUUAAGGUUUACCAGAGCAAGACCAGAGAAGCUCUGUGGCAGCAGUGUGCCAUUCAGAUCACCCACGCUAUCCAGUACGUGGUGGAGUUUGCGAAGCGUAUAACAGGCUUCAUGGAGCUCUGCCAGAAUGACCAAAUUCUCCUCCUUAAGUCAGGCUGCUUGGAAGUCGUUUUGGUGAGAAUGUGCCGUGCCUUCAACCCACUCAACAAUACUGUUCUGUUUGAAGGAAAGUAUGGAGGGAUGCAAAUGUUUAAAGCCUUGGGUUCUGAUGAUCUGGUGAAUGAAGCAUUUGACUUUGCAAAGAAUUUAUGUUCCUUACAGCUGACUGAGGAGGAGAUUGCCUUGUUUUCAUCUGCUGUUCUGAUAUCACCAGAUCGAGCCUGGUUAAUAGAGCCAAGGAAGGUCCAGAAGCUUCAGGAAAAGAUUUACUUUGCACUUCAACAUGUGAUCCAGAAGAACCACCUCGACGAUGAGACUUUGACAAAGUUAAUAGCCAAGAUACCAACUAUUACUGCACUUUGCAACUUGCAUGGAGAGAAACUACAGGUAUUUAAGCAAUCUCAUCCAGAUACAGUGAACACACUGUUUCCUCCAUUAUACAAGGAGCUUUUCAAUCCAGACUCAACCACUGGCUGCAAGUGAAGGGGAUAAUAGAAUUUUCACGUAGUCAUGGAAUGCGUCACUAUUAAGACAAAAAGAAAUGUUUUCAUGAAGAACUUAUUAAAAAUGUCACUACUGCAACACUAGGAAUGUCCUGCACUUAAUAGAAUUACUUUUCACCGCUACAGUUUGAAGAAUGUAAAUAUGCAACUCUGAGUGGGGAUGUCUUUUUUCUCUUUUCUUUGUUUACUUUUUUUUAUUUUUGAACUGACAAUGAAUAUACAAAUAUAGGACACUGGGUGUUACCUUUUUUUUUUAUUUUAUUUUAUUGGGGGAUGUUUUGGGAGACAACUGUU